CCCGCCGUGCCCUGAGCCCGCCCCCGGCUGUCCGCCGUCCCACGGGCCGGCGGCGGGAGUGAGCGGGAGCGACGGGCGAGGAGCCGCCUCCCGGCCCGCGAUGUCACCAUUGUUCAGCUGGGUGGCCAAGGUGCCUGAGAUCAUCAGCUCCAUCCGACAGGCCGGGAAGAUUGCCCGCCAGGAGGAGCUGCAUUGCCCGUCUGAGUUCGAUGAGACGUUUGCCAAGAAGUUUGAGGUGCUCUUCUGUGGCCGGGUGACAGUGGCUCACAAGAAGGCCCCUCCGGCCCUGAUCGACGAGUGCAUCGAGAAGUUCAAUCAUGUCAGCUGCAGCAGGAAAGCCGAAUUUGACUUGGUCUCCCAGGAUUCUGAAACCCCAAAUCCUGUGGGAGGGCUUUCCUUCACGGAUAAGUUCCGGUCUGUGCUCCAGCCGGUGGGGAAUGGGGAGCAGGGCGGGAGGCCCAUGCGCAAAUCCUUCUCCCAGCCCGGCCUGCGCUCUUUGGCCUUUAAGAAGGAAUUUCAAGAUGGAAGCCUUCGGAGUAGUAGUCUCUUCAGGUCCUUUGAGGAAAACGACAUUGAGAACCACCUAAUUAGCGGGCACAAUAUUGUGCAGCCGACAGAUAUUGAGGAAAAUCGAACUAUGCUCUUCACGAUUGGCCAGUCUGAAGUUUACCUCAUCAGUCCUGACACCAAAAAAAUAGCAUUGGAGAAAAACUUUAAGGAAAUAUCCUUUUGCUCUCAGGGUAUUAGACACGUGGACCAUUUCGGGUUUAUCUGCCGAGAGGCUUCAGGGGGCGGAGGCUUUCAUUUCGUCUGUUACGUGUUUCAGUGCACAAAUGAGGCUCUGGUUGAUGAGAUUAUGAUGACCCUGAAGCAGGCUUUCACUGUGGCUGCGGUGCAGCAGACGGCUAAAACACCUGCCCAGCUGUGUGAGGGCUGCCCCUUGCAGGGCCUGCACAAGCUGUGUGAGCGGAUAGAGGGAAUGAAUUCUUCCAAAACCAAACUAGAACUCCAGAAACACCUGACGAUGUUGACUAAUCAGGAGCAAGCAACUAUUUUUGAGGAGGUUCAGAAAUUGCGACCAAGGAAUGAGCAGCGAGAGAAUGAAUUGAUUAUUUCUUUCCUGAGGUGUUUAUAUGAAGAGAAACAAAAAGUUCACACCCAUGUUGGGGAGAUAAAGCAGACAUCACAGAUUGCAGCAGAGAAUAUUGGAAGUGAGUUACCACCUAGUGCCACUCGACUGAGGCUGGAUAUGCUGAAAAACAAAGCAAAGAGAUCUUUAACAGAGUCUUUAGAAAGUAUUUUGUCCCGGGGUAAUAAAGCCAGAGGCCUACAGGAACAUUCUGCCAGUCUGGAUCUGGACAGCUCCUUGUCUAGCACAUUAAGUAACACCAGCAAAGAGCCAUCUGGGUGUGACAGAGAGGCCGUGCCCACCUCUGACAGCUCCUUCAGGCUCCUCGGCUCCUCGGAUGACCUGUCCAGUGACUCGGAGAGCCGGCCCGCUGAAGAGCCUGCCCCACUGACGCCCCAGCAGGGCUUCAGAAGGCGGGCGAACACCCUGAGUCACUUCCCUGUGCAAUGCGAGGAGCCUCCAGAACCGGCACAGGGGUCUCCAGGGGUCGCCCAGAGGAAACUUAUGAGGUAUCACUCAGUGAGCACAGAGACGCCUCAUGAACGAAAUGUGAAUCAUCCAUCCGUUGGCGAGUCUAAAAGUUGCUCAGGUCAGUCUUCAGCUCCUGCUCCUCCACCUCGUCUUAACCCCUCUGCCUCCUCGCCAAAUUUUUUUAAGUACCUAAAGCAUAGCUCGAGCGGAGAACAAAGUGGGAAUGCUGUGCCAAAGAGCAUCUCCUACCGUAAUGCCCUGCGGAAAAAACUUCGUUCUUCUUCCUCUGUGCCAAACUUUCUAAAAUUUCUGGCUCCUGUAGAUGAAAAUAACACCUCUGAUUUUAUGAGCACAAAAAGGGACUUUGACUCCGAAGCUAACCACCUAGGCGAUGUCCGCGGGACCCCCGUGAAGACGCGGAGACACUCCUGGCGGCAGCAGAUAUUCCUCCGAGUGGCGACUCCACAGAAAGCGUGCGAUUCUCCCAGCAGAUACGAAGAUUACUCUGAGCUGGGAGAGCUACCGCCACGAUCUCCUUUAGAACCGGUUUGUGAAGAUGGGCCCGCUGGCCCUGUCCCAGAGGAGAGGAAAAGGACAUCUCGAGAGCUUCGAGAGUUAUGGCAAAAGGCUAUUCUACAGCAGAUCCUGCUGCUCAGAAUGGAGAAGGAAAAUCAGAAGCUGCAAGCCUCUGAAAGCGAUUUGCUGAACAAGCGCCUAAAGCUUGAUUAUGAAGAAAUCACUCCUUGUCUUAAAGAAGUGACCACAGUGUGGGAAAAGAUGCUUAGCACUCCAGGAAGAUCAAAAAUUAAGUUUGACAUGGAAAAAAUGCAUUCGGCUGUUGGGCAAGGUGUGCCACGUCAUCACCGGGGGGAGAUCUGGAAAUUCCUAGCAGAGCAGCACCACCUCAAACACCAGUUUCCCAGUAAGCAGCAGCCAAAGGACACGCCAUACAAAGAACUCUUGAAACGGCUCACCUCCCAACAGCACGCGAUUCUUAUUGACCUCGGGCGAACCUUUCCAACACAUCCGUACUUCUCGGCGCAGCUGGGGGCGGGCCAGCUCUCACUUUACAACAUUCUGAAGGCCUACUCGCUUCUCGACCAGGAAGUGGGGUACUGCCAGGGUCUCAGCUUUGUAGCGGGCAUCUUGCUGCUUCACAUGGGUGAGGAAGAGGCAUUUCACAUGCUCAAGUUCCUGAUGUUUGAAAUGGGACUGCGGAAACAGUACCGGCCGGACAUGAUUAUUUUACAGAUCCAGAUGUACCAGCUCUCGAGGCUUCUUCACGAUUACCACAGAGACCUCUACAAUCACCUCGAGGAGCAUGAGAUCGGCCCGAGCCUCUAUGCCGCCCCCUGGUUUCUCACCGUGUUUGCCUCACAGUUCCCUCUGGGAUUUGUAGCCAGAGUCUUCGAUAUGAUCUUUCUUCAGGGAUCAGAGGUCAUAUUUAAAGUGGCAUUAAGUCUGUUGGGAAGCCAUAAGCCCUUGAUUCUGCAACAUGAAAACCUAGAAACCAUAGUUGACUUUAUAAAAAACACCCUUCCCAACCUGGGCUUGGUGCAAAUGGAAAAGACCAUCAGUCAGGUGUUUGAGAUGGAUAUCUCUAAGCAGUUACAAGCCUAUGAGGUCGAGUACCAUGUGCUUCAAGAAGAACUUAUCGAUUCCUCUCCUCUCAGUGACAACCAAAGAAUGGACAAAUUAGAGAAGACCAACAGCAGCUUGCGCAAACAGAACCUUGACCUACUGGAGCAACUGCAGGUGGCAAACAGUAGGAUCCAGAGCCUGGAGGCCACCGUUGAGAAGCUUCUGAGCAGCGAAAGCAAGCUGAAGCAGGCCACCCUCGCCCUGGAGCUGGAGCGGGCUGCCCUGCUGCAGGUGGUGGGGGAGCUUCGGAGGCAGACGGCGGCAGAGCCGAGCGGCCCGGAGCCUGACCUCGCACGGCCCGGGCCCACCGGGGACUGACCGCACAGGAGAUGGCUCCCAAGGAGACACUCUGGCCCUGCCCCAACACUGUCCAGGCCUUAACUGAGAGGGACGGAAGAUGCUGGAGGGAGAGAACGAGGCACGACGUGUGCUUCUCAGGGAGGAGACUGGCUUGCCAGCCUGCAGACUGGCCUGAACUAAAACUUGCAAGUCAUGGGGAUGGAUGUCCCGGUGUUUCUGUUGUCGUUUAGGUUGUAUUUCGUCCUUCUCCAGUCCUGAUUACUGUACCCGGUAGGUUUAGAUGGCAUGGACGUGAAUAAAUGCACCUUUCUGUUUCUGUGUUGUUUCCUCUUUCAGUAUCACUGUGCUUGCAGAGAGCAUUUAGUGCUGUGAAGUUCACGAGCCGGAAGGAAGGGCUGGAGAGGAGUCCUCUGACACAGAUGUGGGCCCGUCGCUCUUCCACAGCAGGUUCGUGGGCCUGCAGCCUCCACGUCACCGGCGGGCUGUGUGGCUCGCCCUUGUCUGUCCUGGCUAUGGAAGCCCCAGAUAACCAUUAGGACAUCUUGAAUUUAUCACUGUCCUUGGUAUUUAAUGAAGUUUGCCUUUUAAAAAAAUUAGUUUUCACUUUUUGCUUCGUUCUUAAGUAUCAAGUCACUAUAGAUAAAUGUUUUAUGGGCAGAUCACCAGUUUUUAGGCUCAAACCAAGUGUUACUAGCGAGCGGCCUUCAUUUGUAGACUCUGAGAUGUUUAUUUCUUUGCGGGUUUUCAUCGCCAUUUAUAGCCGUGUAUUUAUUUUUGCUGUUGUAUGAUACAGUGCAGCUGUGUGUCCCUCUGAGUCUCCACCCUUGGGAAUCGUAUACCCUGCAGGAGUAGCUGGGCACGUCGGGAUUUUCAUGGGUGCCAGAGAUUCUGGGACUUUCAAAAAAGCAAUCAGCCCAAAAUUGUAAUCAAAUACAUGGCAGCUGAGAGAAGUUUUCCAGAGGUAGGAGGUGUGUUUUUUUAAUUUUUUUUGUUUAAUGUUUUCAUUUAUUUUUGAGACAGAGCAUGAGCAGGGGAGGGGCAGAGAGAGAGGGAGACACAGAACCUGGACGCUUAACUGACUGAGCCACCCAGGCACCCCAGAGGUGUGUUUUGAAUGUAACUCACAGUCCCUUCCCUCGGGAUGAUGAGGGCCCUGUGCCUUCAACAAGCAGAGACCGCUCACGGUUGGCGUGGCUUCGUCUGGUCACCGUGCGAGGCCUCUUCACAAGUGCUCUCAGAACGGGCUGUCAGGUGAGAGAGGAGCUCUGUGGGCACAUAUCCCUUUGUGAGGGCAGGGUCACUCUGGUCUUUGGCAUCAUAGCCCUUCUACCCCUUCUAGUCCACAGAGGCUUCUAGUGACUCUCUCAGUGGUAGGCGUCUCUUUAAGCCUGAGGUGAAAGGAAGGAUUUUCAUAUUGGAGAUCAUCGUAGAUCUCCCCAGACAUCUCAAAGGGUGACAGACAUGCUGUCCCCAGUGCCUAACAGUUGGCUGACACUGGGGACUGUCCUGUUCCCGUAUCAAGGGAUAGCAGUUCUCCUCACAAACCAAGAUGACCAGCCCAGGAGCCUCUGUCCCAAGUCAUUCCACCAGAUAGAACUUCGAGGAGUUAACAUUUGAGGGCUUCUUUCCACAUAUUUUAUUGUUCAAAUAUUUAAUAAUGUUGAAUUUUGGACGUCCUAUUCCUCAAAAACAUGGACUCUGCAUUCAAUAAGAAACAAGACAACAAUAAA